ACACUUUUCCCUCACACACACGCACACACACACACCAACAGGACCAACAAUCAUCACACACAUCGAAUCAUCAUGGGUCUCAUUAGCAAAAUCGAAGAGAAGCUCUCGGGCAGCAGCAAAAGCCACACGGAGGAGGAGAAACUGCGUCAACAACAGGCACUCGACACUUCUCGAACAAAGGACACUACCACUGGCACCUCUUCUUCUUCUACUGGAGGUCUGACUGGACACGGAUCACACGGAACUCAUCCCGGCCAGACGACUGGUACAACCUCCACCACUGGCAUCUACAACCCACUACACAACUCCGGCAACAGCCCCACUCAUGGCGGCAGCAGCGGUAUCACAGGAGGAACUCAUCCUCUCGUGACUGGCGCAAACACAUCACAAGGAGUAGGCCAGACGCAUGCUCCCUCUUCUGGCUUGACCGGGGCUGGCACAACUGCUGGAGUCCCCAGCGGCUCGCAUCAUACAUCGGGACUGAGCGGCCAAGGGAGUCACUUUGCUGGACAGGAUCAUGGCAAUACCCAUCACACUGGUAUGGGCGUUGGUAGCGGUACUCAACACUCUGGCGCCGGCGUCGGUAGCAAUGCUCCACACACUGGCAUUGGAAGCAAUACACACGGCAGUGGCAUCACUGGAGGCACGGCGAUUGGUGCGCAAGAUUACGCACCAGGGACACACGCUCAAGGCACCAACCCUGGCCUCGCUGCAGAGAAGACGACCGCUAGCCAGCCAUACGAUCCAUAUUCGUCCAAAGGUCAGAAUAUUGCAGCUGAUGCAGCAGCUCAUCAAGGUCAUCACAACACGCACAAUACGCAUAACACGCACAACACGCACCACACUGGCACAUCUGGCGUCAGUGAAGGUACCGGCUUUGUGCCUGGCUCGCACCCACAUGCCAACAACGACAGUGCAAUCCCAACUGCCGGUGGCCAAAAGGUCGGCGGCGUAGGAGAGGGUGUGGGACACUCCCAUUCGGGCGUGCACCAAACUACUGGCGACAAGAUCAAGAAUGUCCUGCCUGGCCAGCACAAUGCUCAUGACGCCUAUGGCAAUCCGAUCAAGGAGUCAACCAAUGCUUCCCACUCAUCGAGCUCGCACCCAGGCUCCCACGCCACGGGUGCUGGAAUUGCUGGAACCUCCAACAGUGGAGUGGGUCAAAGCCAUGCUGGUUCCGGCUUGACUGGAAGCCACGGCCACAGCAAUGUGACGGGUAGCCACAACAACUACAGCCACCCCAACCAACCUGGUUCUGGUUUCUCCUCUGCUGCACAGCCUCUCGGCCACGACUCGAGCUUCACCGAUCGUCACGCCGGUCCUGGAGCCGCGACAGGUCUCGCUGCCGGAGCAGUUGGCGGCGCAGGACUCGCAAGCGCAGGUCAUCACAACAACCACAGCACUCAGCAGCCCGGUAGCGGCUUGACUGGCUCGCAUGGCGGUAUGUCUUCGACCGCACCUGGCUCUGGCUUCACUGGUGCUCACCAAGACGAGUACACCCGCGGCCAGCAAGCAGCAUACCAACAACAUGGUGGUCACAGCCAGUCCGGACACCACAACACCACUAGCGGCUACGCAGGUGAAGACAACCGUGGCAUGAUGGACAAGGUCAAGGACAAGAUGAGCUCUCAGAGAUCUAACCAGCCAGACGAUCCAGUCACUGGCACCAACUACGACCAGCGCAACCGCGAACAAUACCAGCCCCAAGGCACUGGUCUGACCGGCUCUCACCCCCAGGGUAGUGGCCUUACCGGUAGCGGCAACCCCACCGGCUACAGCUCUGCUACCCAUCACCAGCCAGGUGUCGGAGGCAUCACUUCCGGAGUUGACAACACCCACAUUGGCAGCCACUCUGGCAUGGGCUCGAACACGACCUCAACUACCGCACCUGGAAUCUCGCACGAGGGCCGUGGCGCUGCAUAUGAAGCUGGAUUCAAAGAUGCUGUCGCUGCUUUGCAAGGCAAGAAGUAGAGUCUGAGUAUUUGAUGAUGAUGACGAAGAAGAAGAAGAAGAUACCCCUGCACCAUUGUAAUGUAUUGUAUUUGGCGAGACAAGCAAAGUAUAGCAAAGCAACAGCAAGCAAGCAAGUAUAUAGUGAUGAGUGACGAGAUGACGAUAAUGAAAGUUUUU